UGCGGAGUGCCUAGCGCUACGGAGCAAAGGGUCCAGACGCUAGCGUCGCAUUGGCUCCUGUACGUCAACAUAGCGUCAGGGAUUCCGUCCAUACUGGUCUCCGUGUUGUACGGCGCAGUCUCCGACGUGAGAGGUCGGAGGCUGUUCAUGGUCCUCCCUGCUCUGGGUUCCAUCUUGAACCAGAUGGUGAUCCUUCUAGUGAUCCAUUUCCAUCCGACGUUCCCUCUCCCCUUCUUCCUUCUUGGAGGCCUCCUCUCGGGACUCAGCGGGAGUUUUCCCGUUUUCAACUUUGCCGCAUUCUCCUAUGUGAGCGACGUGAGCGCUGACUCAAAGAGAACCGUUCAGAUCAGCAUCCUGGAGUCCAUGACCUUUCUUGGAGCCACGUUGAGCUUUCUCGUGGGUGGUAAGUGGGUGGACAACAUUUACUUCUCCAGUCCCUUGUGCUGCAUCAUGGCUCUGGACCUCUUCAUAGUAGUGUAUGUGAUAGUCGCUCUUCCAGACUCAUUGGAGAUGGUCAGCACAAGACAGAGACCAGUGGGCAGCAGGUCAUCCGUACAAGACUCUUACUCCUCCUUGGAUUCGUCUCUACGACAACAGUCUCCUCGGCAACAGUAUCCACGGAGACCCACCGCCCGCUCAUUGUUGUCCUCGUCGUGUGACCUCCUCCGAUCGUCUUUCGGGAAGCUCCUAUCGUUUAUGAGGCUCCUAUGUGGAAGCUGGAAACUUACUCUCCUCCUGGGAAUGUUUUUUGUCGUUGAGAUAAAUUUCCUCGGGGUCAACGAUACUGUAGUUCUGUUUGCCCUCGGGGACCCGCUGUGCUGGGGGACAGGUCUUAUUGGGUACUUCCUCGCCGCCAAGGCCUUCAUGAAUGGAGUGGCAACUCUCCUUCUCCUGCCCCUCCUCUCUCUGGUGGGGCUCGGUGACAUGGUGCUGAUGGUAGUGGGGUUGGUGGCCGGUGGUGCGGCACUCCACAUCAUGGGUUUAGCAACACACACCUGGAUGAUGUUUAUAGUUCCGGUGGUGGGAGCUAUGAGGGGGUGUGUGGUCCCCAUCAUUCGCUCCAUGCUCUCCAGAUCAACUCCAGUAGACAUGCAAGGAGUGCUAUUCUCAGGGGUCAGUGUGGUGGAGGCAGUCUGCACUCUCCUGGCGUCCGUCAUCUACAAUUCCCUCUAUCCUGCAACCAGGUCCGUCUCUCCCGGUCUCGUCUUCUUCCUGAUGGCAGGGGCCCUCCUCAUUCCCCUCGGCCUAACACUGAUCCUGGAACUGAACCGGAGAGGGGUGUGUCGCUCAAUUGGCAGCAGUAGAAGUGAAGAGGAAGACCCUCUAUUAGGGAGCUUAUCACCCAGAUAGUGGGCGGAGUCUUGGGUGUGGUUUUGGUGUAGAGGUGUUGUGUGAAAUUAAUCAUGUCAGCAGUUCAUUCAAUUAUGUACACGAUUAUUAUAAUACAACAGUCAUUUUAUUACACAUGUUUUUAAAAACUGUCAAUUAUUCGUUUUGUAGGGGUGUGGUCAGAGUUUUGAUAGGUCUGGUUCGUCCAAUUUUUCGUAUUCCUUCGCCAAAUCUGAUUUCUCGGGGGUAGUGGGAGAGGUCGUUGCCAUGGAAUCAACUGGGGCUCGUGCAGGGGUGACAAUGUAGGGGUUCUCGGGUCGAGCUCCGCCCACUGCAGGGGGCAUAAGCUGCGGGGGUCGCGGAGGGACCUGCGGGGGGCAGUCGGUAGCAGAGGGUACGUUGUACAGAGAAGCAUAGGCCCCCUUUGCCUGUGUUGAUCCGUCUUGCAAAGUAUCCACUAGCUUCUGGUACUGUGGGGAGGUCGUUGGCAAGAGGUGGAGUCCCAGAGCUUCGUAAUGAGGAUCCUCCUUCUGUGAGUUCUCCAAAGCCAGGUCUUUUUCCAGGUCCUCCACAACCAAGUCUUCCUUAUUGGCUGAGGUAGGUCUGUGAGUAAGCUGGUCGUAGUGAGUGGUGGACCCGUUUCCAGUUGGAGGUGCCCUGAAUUUCGCCCCUCCUGGGGCAGCGUACAUGGGAUUCUGCAGUCCACCAUUGGCGGUGAGGCUGGCGGUUUUCCCCGAGGCCAGGAGCGUGUUCGGUUCCAUGUUCAUGGCAUUGUGGGAGACACUGGAGUAUGGAGAGGUGAGUGUACCGUUCCCAGCGUCUGCAGUAAAAAAGAAGAAGGAGUUAGCAAGUUGGGUAAGUUUGGGUGUUCAGGCCGGCACCUCC